CGGAAGCUGCACACACACAAAAAAACAAAGAGCCCUAGGCUCAAACGGAGGUCCGAGUCCCACCAAGCUGGUGGUGGCCUUGGUCAAAGCGGCAUCUCACAACUGGGAUGUUCUUGUAGAAAAUGCCUAGACGGGAAUGAAAGGUUCUCCAAACGGACCAGGUCUAGUGGCCUUAGUGUGCAAGCCUGGCAAUUUACCAGAAGUGCUGGCAGAGGAGUUCUAAAGUCCCAGACACUACUUUUCUGCUUCCUGAUAUUAAUUACUUGAUCUGGAAGUCAGGGUGGUCCAGACAGGAGAAGAGAGGAGUGUCCUCCAGACACACGCCUCACGGACACAGCCCUCUGAAACCGGAAGCCCACUGCCUUUAACAGCAGAUACACACAGAAACCUUUCCCUUGACCCGUGGCAGAAGCCAGCAUGGAAACUUCAACCACAGCAAAAGACCAUGACGUGACCACAGAAUACGACCAUGGGGACCAGACCCUGCAUGACACGGUAGAAGAGAGGACCUCUGGGGCCCAGCUGCUGCCCGCAUUGUACUCGGUGGUGUUUGUCAUAGGCCUGAUCGGCAACAUCCUAAUGUUCCUAGUCCUCAUGAAAUACAAGAGGUUCAAAAAGGUAUCUGACAUCUACCUCCUCAACCUGGCCAUUUCUGACCUCAUCUUCCUCUUCACUCUGCCCUUCUGGAUCGACUACAAGGUGAAGGAUGACUGGGUUUUCGGUGAGGCCAUGUGCAGGUUGCUCUCUGGGCUGUUCUUUGUGGGCUUGUACAGUGAGAUCUUCUUCAUCAUGCUGCUGACCAUUUACAUGUCUGUGUUGUUUAACUUCAUCUGGACACCCCGGAGUUUUCGUACCCGCACCUUUGGUAUCAUCACCAGCAUUGUCAUCUGGGUCCUGGCCAUCUUGGCUUCUAUCCCCGGCUUCCACUUUUCUAAGACUGAGUGGUGGUUCACACACUACACCUGCGAUCUUCAUUUUCCUCCUGAAAGCUCCAGAAGGUGGAAGCAGUUCCUGGCUCUGAAACUGAACAUCUUGGGGCUGAUAUUGCCUCUAUUGGUCUUGAUCGUCUGCUGCAGACUGAUUUUAAAGGCUCUGUACAGAAUACGAAAUCAGAAGGCCAAAGCCAUAUGUCUGAUUUUUGCCAUCAUGAUCACCUUCUUUCUCUUUUGGACACCCUACAAUCUGACUGUCUUUCUUUCUGCUUUCCAAGAUUCCCUGUGUGAGCACUGCAGCCAGCUGGACUUGGCCAUUGAAGUGACAGAGGUGAUUGCAUAUGCACAUUGCUGCAUCAACCCCAUAGUCUAUGUCUUUUUCCUCCAAAGGUACCGCUGGGCUCUAUGGGACUUGCUCUAUCAACUAACUGACUAAGUGUCGCUGCUUCCUCCACGAGGAGGCAGGAGAGGAUUCAUUCCAUGUCUAUUUCAUAGGCAAGGAAGAAAGAUGUUCUGUGGUCCGUCCAGGGCCCAACAACCGUCACCAGCCAAGAUGCUGACUGCGGAGGAGGCAACUUGGGUCUUCUAGCCAGAUUCUGAUUUCUGACCUGGAAUUGCAGCCACAUGGUGUUGAGGGAGCUCCAAGGUGUUCCAGACAAAAAUCACUGUUAGGGUUUGAUUUUUCUCCAUGAAAUUCUCCUCGGUGGAAAAUGAGAUGAAUAGAUGAGUGGAAAUGAAUAAAUGAAGUGGGACAUCCCAGAAGCCUGGGUCAAAGGAUGACAGAGAAGGGCUUGGUACCAAAGAGAAGUUCAGAUUGUUAAACAGUUAGAUUUGUAAACUAGUCAUUGAGCAUCUGCUACCCUCACCCCCAUGACCAGUGAUCUUGGAAAUAGGGAUUUUCAUAGCUGCCUCCACUCUGAGCAGAGAAGCCAAGCAGGAGCUGGCAGCCACCUCUCGCCUCCCCAGCCCCACUCCCAGGGCAACAUUUAGGCUCUUGGAAACCCUGAGGAAUCUAGAUCUCCUGAUGGAAGAACUUGACAUCUAAUAGGAAAUAGGAUUGGGGAACUGCUGUUGGCAGUGAAGCUUAGAAAGCCCUUGGAUGGGAUUUUUAUAGUCACUAAAAUCAACGAAUGCAGGCAGCGGGCUAGACACAGACAAAAUGUAUAAACUGCUGUGCUUCUUGAAAUUGCCGUGGGACAGAGGUAGUCAUUACUUCCUUUUACCACUCCUGUCCUUUGAAUAUUUUUCAGAAUCUCCCUUCCCUCUCAGUCGAGAGAUGCAGCAGUAAUUUCUGACAGCUUUACUGCAGAAAUUAUUACCAGGCAAAAGGAGACAGGGUUGAUUUUCUCCCUCUGGACCUCCAUUCAGACCUUAAAGUUGUAUGGAUCAGAGUUCUGGCUGCCACCUUGGCCCGAUCAGCAGGACAGUGACCUGGUGCGCAGAGUUUGAGGCUGGCAGGGAGGGCAACAUCUACCAGGAAGGCUGGGACUCAGUCAGUGUAGGAAGUUGAGGACCACUUAACUCAAAGAAAUUCAUUUACCCUAAAGGUCCUUAAUAUCUCAGCUCUCACCUGAAUUGAGAUAGGACCUCUUAUCCAUCAUGCCUUUCCUACUUUUUCCCUUAGAUGUACAUUUCUCUAAAAAUGAUUUUCCCAGUUAUAAAAGUUGUUUCCAGAAAAGCUUAAAAACACAAAAGGAGAAAAAACGAAUUUCAGAAUUAUUCAUAAUCCCCUACGCAGAGGCAGCACUGUACAUUCUUUGAUGGGUUAAUAUUUUCUUCUAGUUUUCCCUCUUCUGUACAUGUUUAUGUUUACAAAUAAGAUGAACUUCAACUGUAGUUACUCUUCUACUGUUGUUUUUUUUAAGUAGCAGUAUUUGGGGUCACUUUUCCAGGCAAUAAAUCAUUUCAAAGCAUUGGUUUUGGGCCCAACACUGAGUUCUUCCACUGUAAGAUACCAUAAUUCACUCUGGGUAAAUGACCUACCUAGACUUUUUUUUCCAAGAGGACAUACAGUUUUCCCAGAAAUAUAUGAAUAAGUGCUCAACAUCACUGAUCAUCCUGGAAAUGUAAGUCAGAACCAGAGUAGGAUAUCACCUCAUACCUGUGAAAAUGUUUAUUUUGAAACAAGAGAUUUUAAGAGUUGUGAGGAUGUAGGGCAAAGGGAACCCUUGUGCACUAUUGGUGGGAAUGUAAAUGGGUGUAGUCACUGUGGAAACCAGUAUGGAGUCUCCUUAAGAAAUUAAAAAUAGAGCUACUCUAUGACCUAGCAGUUCCACUUCUUUGUAUGUAGUAUACCCAAAUGAAAUCAAGUCAUUAUCUCAAUGAAAUGUCUAUUCUCCCAUGUUUAUUGCAGCAUUACUUGCAAUAGUCUAGGUAUGAAAACAACCCAGGUGUCAAUGGACAAAUGAAUGGAAAAAAUUGAAUGACCAAGGCAAAAGUCCUAUUCUAAGGUUUUUAAUGUGUAUUAUUUUUUGUCCCCUCCCCAUUUUUAUUGUGGUAGAAUACACUCAAAAUGGUCCCUUCACUUCAUGGCAAAUAGAUGGGGAAACAGUGGCUGACUUUAUUUUUGGGGGCUCCAAAAUCACUGCAGAUGGUGAUUGCAGCCAUGAAAUUUAAAGAUGCUUACUCCUUGGAAGGAAAGUUAUGACCAAUCUAGACAAUAUAUUAAAAAGCAGAGACAUUACUGUGUCAACAAAGGUCCAUCUAGUCAAGGCUAUGGUUUUUCCAGUGGUCAUGUGAGAGUUGGACUAUAAAGAAAGCUAAGCACCAAAGAAUUGAUGCUUUUGAACUGUGGUGUUGGAGAAGACUCUUGAGAGUCCCUUGGACUGCUAGGAGAUCCAACCAGUCCAUCCUAAAGGAGAUCAGUCCUGGGUGUUCAUUGGAAGGACUGAUGCUGAAGCUGAAACUCCAAUACUUUGGCCACCUGAUGCGAAGGGCUGACUCAUUUGAAAAGACCCAGAUGCUGGGAAAGAUUGAGGACAGGAGGAGAAGAGGACAGCAGAGGAUGAGAUGGUUGGAUGGCAUCACCGACUCAAUGAUCAUGAGUUUGGGUAAACUCCAGGAGGUGGUGAUGGACAGGGAGGUCUGGCGUGCUGAGGUUCAUGGGGUCGCAAAGAGUCAGCCAUGACUGAGUGACUGAACUGAGUGUCUGUUAUUACAGUGUUGGCCUUUCCUAUGGGCCAGCUGAUCUCUGAGAAUUAUGCUCACAGAGGAUUCUUGUUAGAAAUGUGACUUUCAGGGGCCUGUGUGGACUCUGGAAGGGCAUUAGUGACUCUGGGAGAUCUUGGUCAGAUUCAUCAAGCACAUCGGGGAUUUCUCCUGGGGUUUUUCUGGUAUCAGGAACAUUCUGUCUUCUAGGCUGUAACCCCACAUUAACACUUCAUUGGUUAAAUUAACUCAUUUGUCCUUCCAGUCUCCUGUGAUCCAAGCAUUAACAUCAGAAGGGACACCAAGUCUGACACCUUCAUUCUCCACUCAGGGAUCAUCGUGUUAUCUAAUACAGCAUUCCAGCAGAGGGUGUGAUGUGCAAGCCCUCAGGGCCUCUCGGACACUGUUUGGAAAGCACUCAUGGAGAUUCACAGGACAUUACAGUCUCUGAGAAAUCCUCAGUGAGGAACAGGUUUAAACGUGAUUAACCUUGCAUUCUGCCAAUGUAGUUUUAAAGUAGAAAAAACUUUUAUUUUCUCAAAUAACACCUGUUAUCAUCCCUCAAAGAUGCUUGCUCCUUGGCAGAAAAGCUAUGACCAACCCAGACAGCAUAUUAAAAAGCAGAGACAUUACUUUGCCGACAAAGGUCUGUCUAGUCAAAGCUAUGGUUUUUGCAGUAGUGAUGUAUGGAUGUGAGAGUUGGACUAUAAAGAAAGCUGAAUACCAAAGAAUUGAUGCUUUGAACUGUUGUGUUGGAGAAGACACUAGAGAGUCCCUUGGACUGUAAGGAGAUCAAACCAGUCAGUCCUGAAGGAAAUCAGUCCUGAAUAUUCAUUGGAAAGACUGAUGCUGAAGCUGAAGCUCCAAUACUUUGGCCACCUAUUGCAAAGAACUAACUCAUUAGAAAAGACCCUGAUAAUGGGAAAGAUUGACAGCAGGAGAAGGGGAUGACAGAGGAGGAGAUGGUCGGAUGGCAUCACCAACUUGAUGGACAUGAGUUUGAGUAAGCUGUGGGAGUUGGUGGUGGACAAGGAAGCCUGGUGUGCUGCAAUUCAUGGGUUCACAGAGUUGGACACAACUGAGCGACUGAACUGAUCAUCCCUCAGGACUAGGGCUGGGUUGGAGAAUACCAGGGGUGUUGGUCUGGUGAUAGGUCAGCACAUGGACAAAGCAAGUACCGUUGCCAGCUGCCCGUGGUCCGUCUUGUCCUCUUGACAGCAGUCUCCAUAUCAACCCCUUAAGGUUGGUGAGGAUGCUGGUGUUACCCCAUGUGAUAGAUGAGGAGACUGAGAUUCACGAAGGGACUUGGCAGACACCACAGAGUGGUCAAAGGACAGAGCUGGGCUCCACCCCAGAAUUUAUUUAUUUAUUUUUCAAAGAUUUUUUUCUGAUUUGGACUAUUUUUUAAAUUAAUUUUAUUUUUUAUUGAAACAGUGGAUUUACAGCAUUGUGUUAGUUUCAGGUGCACAAGAAAGUGAUUCAGUUAUUCAUGUGUGUAUUUUUUCAUAUUCUUUUCCAUUAUAGAUUAUGACAGGAUAUUGAAUAAAUUCCCUGUGCUAUACAGUA